AUGGCGAUCUGUACUUAUAACGCACGUGCGCUUGCAUCGAAAGCGGCCAUCGAAGAUUUGAUGAUGCAAGCCAAGAAGAUCAAGUACGACGUCAUCGGACUGGCCGAGACGAGACGACGUCACCCUCUCAACGCCGUACAUGAGACUGGAGAAGAACUGUUCUUAGGAACAUGCGACAGUAGAGGUACGUGUGCGGAUGAGAAGUGUGGUCCAACACCAGCUUUGACUAUCUUCGUCGUUUACGCUCCAACAUCAAGCUACGAAGAAGAAGAAGCCGAAGCCUUUUAUAUCGACCUGGAGAAGCUCUACCGAGAAGACCAUGCCUUCCACAAGGUCAUAAUUGGCGAUUUCAACGUCAAAGUUGCCCCAACAAGAACGCCUGAGGAGGUUCACAUCGAAACCCACGGCCUACAAUGGAAUGAACAGGGGAGAAGGUCUCCGAGUUCAUCAUGA